AUGGCUGAUAUCGACAAUGACAAGGUCAAUGAUGUCGAGAUUGGCAUCGUUGGAAGUGGAAGUAUGGGAGGGGGUAUGACACUGUUGUUCUCUCAAAACGGCUCUAAGAUAGGGUGUUAUGACUAUGAAAAGGAAGCUGUCCAAAAGCUGAUGGACGAAGCCAAAGAAGAUGAGAAUGUUAAUGAGAAAUUGGUCCAUGGCUUCACCUCUUUGGAGAAGAUGAUCAACGCUUUUCCAAAGGCGGAUAGUGGGGAAAAGAAACCCAGAAUUCUGGUAUUGAGCAUGCCUCACGGCAAAGCUGUCGACGGGAUUUUGGAUGAUUUACUUUCUUUGUUGGACAAAGGAGAUAUCGUUAUCGAUGGAGGCAACGAAUGGUGGCAGGAGACUGAAAGACGACAAGCAAAAGCAGGAGAAAAAGGAAUUGAAUGGGUUGGUAUGGGUGUCAGUGGUGGAUAUCAAUCCGCCAGGCACGGUCCAUCGAUGUCUCCUGGAUGUACCGAAGAAACCUGGAAAUACUUGCAGCCUUAUCUCGAGAAAUGGGCCGCGAGAACACCAGAAGGGGAACCAUGCGUCAUGCGCAUUGGUCCGGGAGGAUCGGGACAUUAUGUCAAAAUGAUACACAACGGAAUAGAACAUGCCCACCUUUCAAUCCUCUGCGAAACCAGAGCAAUCUUACAUCAUCAGCUCGGUCUCUCGAACGAUGAGAUCUCUGAUCUCUUCGAGUCUUGGUGGAAGGAUGGUCCACUCCGAGGUAAUUUCCUUGUUGGCAUUGGAUUCAAGGGUCUGAGAUUUAGCGAGGGAGGCGGGAUCGAACAUGCUCAAGAUGGUAUCGUAGAGAAGAUUGAAGAUAAGGUGACCCAGGACGUUGACAAGUCUGAGGGCACUGGUACAUGGUCGACCAAAGAAAUCGCGGAACGACAUGUCGCCGCUCCUGCCAUUGCAGCGGCUCAUCAACUCCGGAUCAUAUCUUCCGACAAGCUUGAGCGGCUCGAUGUAGCCGACAACCUUAAUCUCGCUCAACCUUCCGAAGCGAAAGAGGCGAAACUUGACAAAGCAAACAAGGACAAAUUGAUGCAGACCAUUCAGACCGCUGUUUAUGGUGCUAUCUUGGGCGCUUUUGUGCAGGGUUUAGACAUCAUAACCAGGGCAUCGCAGGAUCAGAAAUGGAAUAUCUCCCUAGCUACGUGCAUCAAGAUAUGGAGACAAGGAUGUAUCAUCCAAUCCGAUGCAAUCGCCGAGUUCCUCCUACCUUUGUUUGAGAAGUUUGGUCCUUCAGAACCAGUCAACCUCCUCAAAAGUAUCCCAGAACUUGCUAGCGAGUUUGCCAAAACGUACGACGCUCAGAAGAAACUGUACACCAUCGCAAUUGAGACCGACGCUGUAGCUCCCGCUCUCGGUGCUUCCCUCGAGUAUAUCAAAACGGUCAAUUGUCGGGAUCUUAACACAAAUUUCCAAGAGCUCGAACUGGAUUACUUUGGACACCAUAAUUAUGAUCUCAAAGGCAAGGCGGAGAAAGGCCACGAGAAAGGUAAAUAUCAUACUGAAUUUGCCAAAAUGCCUGGGGUUUGA